AUGGGCCUUGUUCAAGGGUGUGAUAAAUGUAAAAGGCAACAUAAUCUAGCAAAAUGCAGUGAUUGUUCUUCCACCUCUUUAUGUAAUACAGAAACAAUACUUCCCCCUCCUAUAAAAUGUUUCCUUUUCAAUUCAAAAUUUCAACAAAAUUUAAAAAUAAAUAAAACAUGUCACCAUGUUUAUGACAGUUGUUAUAUUGCUAGAGAUGUAUUUUGGAGAGUUGAACAAAAUUGUGGAGAAUGCCCUUCAAAAUAUCAAAAUUGUGUUAAAUGUAAUAAUAAUUUUUGUAACAAAGAAUCCCUUUUACCUUUAACAACAACAACAACUAUUAAACAAACCCCAAAAACAACAACAAAAACAAGCACAACAACAACAACAUCAACAAUUAUUCCUUCAACUAAAAUUUUUAUUAAAUCUGAGGGGCAAAUUAAUAAAGUUAAAAUAAAUGUUUUAUUUAUUCUUGUGUUUCUUUUAAUUUUUAAAAUUUUCUGA